UUCAGUCGGUGAAGUCGUGCGUGUGAAGUGGCUGUGCUCGCAAAUGGGCGAAAAUUGUUAAAAUCCAAUUGAAAUUGAUGCAAAAUGGUGAAGUAAUCGCAUCGCGGGUAGUGUCACAAAUUCAACAGUGAUCAAAGUCACAUCGCAGAGCAUUGUGUUGUGUUGUUCACGAUGAAAAUUGAGUGAUUCCGUGCUUUCGUUUGGCCGAUUUUUGAGUGAAAAAGGGGCCUCCGAGAGAGAGUCCGGGAGAGUCUGCUCUGUGUGUACAAUUUCUGUUAAUAAACUUUUUCUGUGUGUGAUCUGGGUGCAAGAUGACGGAGAAGACGACGAGAUUCGAGAAGAUGUCCAAUUUCACGAGACCCGUGCCCAUGAAGCUGUUUGCAGCCUGGGAAGUGGACAGAACUCCCCCCAAUUGUAUUCCAAGAUUAUGCUCCCUGACAAUAACACGCUUGUCACUUCUGUCACCGCUUCCGGUGGAUUUGUCCUCCGUGUCUCUUGCUGUGAAGAUGCAAAGCUCAAAGAGGACACUGAGAUCUCAUGAGAUUCCCGUGCCACAGUCAGUUCUGACGGCAAAUGCCAGCGGUGCUGUCCUCAAUAGUCCGCCCCUUCUGGAGACGGAGUUAGACUUGAAUUUUAGUCUUCAGUAUCCGCAUUUUAUCAAGCGUGACGGCAAUCGUUUGUUGAUUUUGCUCCAACGCCGGAAGAAGUACAAGACACGCACAAUUUUGGGCUACAAGACCCUAGCCGAAGGCAUGAUCCGCAUGGAUGCUGUCCUGCAGAAAUCCAUGGACAUGACGGUGGAAUUGAGUGCUACGGGAAAGGGCAGCCGACCGGGUGUUACUCUUGCGACGCUCAGGGCUGAGCGGGUUUCUUCCAUUCCUGUUGAUCAUGACAAUAAGAAUAAUAAUAGUGUACUGCUGACGGAUCGUGUGAAUGAAUACUCAGACGAGGAUGAGGAGGGUGAAUUCAGUUCAGGUGAGGAGAAUGACGAUCCGGGAGAUGGGGUUCUCAGCGGAUACGACGCGAAGCGCGGAUAUGCCAAGAGGGGAAGCAAUUACAGAAAAUUGGAGAGAUCGGAAAAUGAUGCUGAAACUGAAGAUGCACCCAUAGGUCAAAAUCCCGGUGAUAGUGACAGUGAAUUUGAAAAUCUUGGCAAGGAUAAAGGAAAUCGUGCCAAAAUGAGUCGAAAAUUAUUUUUAAAUGAAAAACUCCAAAAAUAUGCCCGGAUGGACUUUUUUCGGCCGUCUGCCGUGAAAGCACCGCAUUUUGAGCAGACUGGCAGCUUUCCGGAUCCCACAGAGAAGAUUUUAAUGCAGCGGAACUUUAAGCAGAAAAUUGUGGCUCUUCUGAAGCGCUUUAAAGUUCCUGAAGAAUUGGAUGGUGGAGUGUCACGGCAUUCAGGACGUGGAGAACGUGUACUGGAUGCACUGUAUCAGGAACUGGAGUCACUGUCGUGUGGUGAGGGUGAUGAAUCUGGCCCCGACAUGGAUACCGUGUCUGUGGGAUCAACACCAAAACCAUCCCUCAGACCGUUUUUCACAAAUUCGAGAACAAUGCUUCAUGAAAAUUUGAUGGGCGACAUUAAUAGUGAUGUGAAGAUUCCAGUGGAGAAGAGGGACUCCUUCAAUGCCCCAUCAUUACCACUCGAUAAGAAAAAUUCAAUUCCAGGAGCAGCAGAAAGGAGUGGAGACUGGCGAAAUGAUAGUUCAGGCAAUGAAGGUGGUGCAGGAAAUACAGAUCCCGAAGCACCAAAUUCCGAUCCUCAGAAUACAGGUUCGCCCCCGAGGAGUGGGGACAAGGAGAGUGCUCAGGAUAGGCGGAGUCGUCUCUUCAGAGCUGCCAGUGCUCAACCAUCGAGCUCCAAGAAGAAGCACUCUCUGAGUCUGGGCUCAGACAGUCAGCCAAAAUCUGCUCUGGAUGCCUGUCUGUCGCCAACAAAUGUGGAACCCAGAAAGUCCCUGCUAGAUCAAGUGGCAAGGACUUUUGCCACUGAUGAGGCCAUUUUGCCGGAUGUAGUGUCUCUGGUGGGACCUCCGGAGCUGCAUCAUGUGGCACUGUCUUCCCGCUUGGCUCCCCUCCUGGCGGCUUCCUUCAGGCCAACCUUUGCACCCCACAACACAGCCGAAGUGAGGGCAGUUCUGCAGGCACUGAUGAACAAAAUCCAGAAGUACUGCAACUCCACAGCAAAACCUCCUACAACUAUCAAGGUGCUGCUCCUGGGCGGCGAUUGGCUGCAAGGAGCCGUUUUACGUCACUACGUGGAGCUAUUGGGCGUGAGACCGCCUGAUUGGGUCAAUCACAUUCGUUUCUACAUUGUUCCUAUUGGGAGUAGUGCCAUAUCGCGGUACCUUAGCGCUGUGGAUGCAACGUACGGGGCCAUGUUCGGCACGGACGGUUGGCAGCAGCUCUGUGAGCGUGCCAUCGGUCCAGAUCCUGCCCAAUCGAAAAUUGACGUGGUCGAAGUGACAAAUCGGGUUCAGAGGUAUCUUCACAGUGCCGGACCCUGCACACAAAUUCCCAUCGCCGAAGCCAUGGUCAAUUACAAGGAGGAGGACUCGUGCCAGAUCUUCGUUCCAUUUGUCAGUGAUGUGAAAUUGGGUUGCCCAGAGGGUCCGCAGGUGUCGUUGGAUUUGGACGAGAGUCUGGGCAUUGCUGGUCAGCAGAUUUCGAGUGCUCUGUCGAGUUCACCGCCGCAGAGUGGACGAAUGUCACCGCCAAUGCCAACAACUCCGGCCACUCCGUUGCAGCAGCAGGAGAAGGCCGAGAAGUUGGAGAAGUUGGAGAGGCUGGAGAAGAUGCAGAUGCAGCAGGUGCAAGCUCAACCGGAGUCAUUUGAACUGCAGAUUGACUAUUGGCCAGUGGCAGCUCGAUACACGGACAAUAAGGAGAAGAAGGAGGACAAAAAGGGGACUGAUCAGGGCAAAAACAGUAUUAAGAGCACUUUCAGGAAUUUGCAGGUUUGGCGACUGCCCCCAAAUCCUCAGGCCGGUGAACUUCCCAAUGGACUGACGCUCAGCUAUUCUACAAAGGAGAAGAAGCAGAAAAUAAUGCGUUUGGGGAAGAAGAAGGAGAAGGAUCGUGAUAUGGAGAAGGAGCAGAGUGUCGAUGGGAUUGCGAGGCUCAUCUGUUCGCCCAAACCUUCCCAUCCUGUGCCAUUGCGUGUGUACAUUGAUGGCACUGAGUGGACGGGUGUGAAAUUUUUCCAGCUUUCUUCACUCUGGCAGACGCACGUGAAGAAUUUUCCAGUCGGCCUCAUUGGUGCUCCACUGGCCCCAGCUGAAACCUAGUCAUUUUGCCCCUUCCUCCUCCAUGCUUCAGUACUGUGUGUCAUUUUUGUGCGAAAGGUAAGAAUUAUUUAAGGAAAAAUUACUAAGGAAGAAACAGUCAAUGACAAAAUUAUUGAGACACUUUGACCAAUUUGAUGAAUUUUGAUUUGGAGAUAUUUAGAAAAGGUAAAUUUAUCAAAAGGUUUUCUGGAAUUAAAUGAUAUUGAAAAGA